AGAAGGGGAAGUUCAGCUUAGGAAAUAUGGAAGUCAUUCCCAGUAAAUUCCAGGACAAAUAUAAACAUUAGGGAUGAAGCUCUUCCAGAGAUGAAAAUAACAUAUUUAAUUAAAAUCUUCUCAACACUUCUGAAAUCUUCUAAAGUCUUUUCAACGCUGAUGUCUCUGGUGAUCAAGCGUAGCAGUAACAGUAACUCUGCACAAUCCAAACACUCCCUCAGAAAUUUUGGUAUUUUUAUGGCCUGUGGUCAAGCCAUCCUCUCAAUCUAAAUUAGCACUUUGUCUCUUCUCAUGAGCUCCACUGACACAGCUCCACAAAGAGCCUCGUGCUCACACAAUGAAGACAUACCAAGUUUUAACUUUUGUUUUUAUGAAUUUUUAUACCAUAACUGCAAAUUACAACUUCUUUCCUUUUGGACCAUCUGAAGGAGAUGCAGUUCUACAGAGGGGUGGUGAUGAAGUGUCCAGGCCGCUGAAGCUGAGAAGGCCUCUGCAGUUCUACGACAUGCAGUUCAAUAUUGUUUAUGUGGCCACCAAUGGGCUUCUGUCUUCUCAGCCUCCUCCUAAAGAAAAUCAAUAUUUGAAGAGUGGAUUCCCUCUAGACUUCCCGGCCAUCGCUCCGUUUCUGGUGAAUGUUGACACCAAUGUGGGGAAUGGAGCUGUGUAUUACCGCUCGGACGAGUCUCUGAGCGCACUGACCCGAGCAGCUCAGAUUGUCCAGCAGGGCUUCCCUGGAAUUCACUUUAGACCCACUCAACUGCUCAUCACCACAUGGGAUCAUGUAGCAUGCUUCAACAGAGAUCCUGAGAAAGGGUACUGGGUGAGCAGUUUUCAGCUAGUUUUGGCAGGAAAUAAGACCGACACCUUCGCCCUGCUCCUGUACGCCGAUGAUGGGCUGCAAUUUUCUGAUGACGUUAUGGGUUCGGAGGCUGAGCUCAGGGUUCUUGCAGGCUUUAGCAGGGGAGACACAUCCAACACCAAGGAGCUCUACCACAGUGUGCACACCUCACAGGAAAACGCCCACACACUCUUUCAGGAGGGCAACUCGGGCGUUAGCGGGCUGUGGAUUUUCCACGUUGGAAGCAGCCGGUUCCCCUUCCAGAAGGUGGUGGGUGCGGUGGGGCCACGGGCAGAGGGCACUGAGGAACCUGUCACUACAGCAACCAGCCAGAACUUUAAUAUCCCAGAAGACCUCGCUGUCACAGCCAGUCCUGUUUCUGGAGGCGUCCAGGCCUCAGCGCCCCCAGGAAACGUCAGCCUGUGCGGCUCCAUCCUGCAGGAGUGCUCCCCGGAUGGCUACUGCACCGACCACCCCACCGGACCCUGCUGCCGCUGCCGCUCCAGUUACUACGGAAAUGGCAGGCAGUGUUUACCCAUGGGUGUAUCUCAGCGUCUGAACGGUCAGCUGAGCGGUCAUGUGUCUGUAGGAGCCGCUGAUGUUCAGCUGGACCGGGUGGAUGUGCACGGCUAUGCUGUUCCGGGGGAAGGCCGAGUUUAUAUCUCCAUCAGCCCCGUUCCUCCGCAGGCUGGCUGGGCUCUCAUGGCCGUCGGCCCGCUGCUCUCCACAUUUGGCUGGCUGUUCGCCCUUGAGCUACACGGCCAUCAGAACGGCUUCAGUGUCACUGGCGCUGAGUUCUCACACCAGGCAGAAAUGACCUUCUAUCCAGGAAACCAGCGCCUGAACAUCACUCAGCAGGCUCGAGGUCUAGACUCUCUCAACCACCUGAAAAUGGAGAUAAACAUCAAAGGAAACCUACCAAGCAUUCCCAGUGGAGCUAAAGUUCAGUUUCAGCCUUAUACGGAGACGCUUCAUUAUAAUCAGUCAGUGAUAACGUCAUCCAGCUUGCAUCAGUACAUGGUGGUGUCAGAAAACGGUGGGUCUGAGAUGUUCUCCUACCUGCUUCAUCAGAACAUCAGUUUUCAGAGGUGUGAACAUAGUCGAUUGACCAUCCCUGACUUCCAGCAAUUGGAUGUGGUGCAUGUGAUGGUGAUGUACACCAGCGAAGGAAGAAUUCUCAAAUAUGCCAUUGUUAACACUGUGGGACCUGUGGGAGGUGAGCUCCCGGGACUGAUGGAGUUGAACCCGUGUCGAUCAGGGAAGCAUUACUGUGACCCCAUGGCCCUGUGUCUGCCUGGGGAGGGGCUGCAGUACCACUGCCAGUGUGCCAUGGGCUUCAGAGGGGACGGCAGGAACUGCUACGAUGUGGACGAGUGCUCUGAGGGUCUGAGCUCCUGCGGUCCUCAUUCCGAGUGCGUGAACAUGCCCGGCAGCCACCACUGUCUCUGUGAAACCGGCUAUGGGUUUGACUUCGACUGGAGAGCCUGUGUGGAUAUUGAUGAGUGUUUGCUGAAGCUGUGUCACCCUCUGGCCUCCUGCUCCAACACGCUCGGCUCCUUCCACUGCCGCUGCUGGCCUGGCUACGAGGGGGACGGUUUCCUGUGCCAACCGCAGAAGCAGGCGGGGUCGAUUGUGUCAGUGUGUGAGCGGCACAGAGACGGGCUGCUGGAGGGUCUGCGAGGCUGGGGGGGCGAAGCCAUGCUGCAGGAUUACAUCCCCCAGUGUGACGAGAAGGGCCAGUACAAACCGCUGCAGUGUCUGGGCUCUACUGGACACUGCUGGUGUGUGGACAGCAGGGGGCAGGAGAGGGUGGGCACACGGACGCUGCCAGGCACGCCACACGCUAACUGUGACCAACCAGCUCCUCUCAUCCCACGGGCAGAGACACUGUGCGAGCGCUGGAGGACCACUCUGCUGAGUCACUAUGGCGGCCAGCCGGACCCUCAGGACUACAUGCCCCAGUGUGACGCACGCGGACACUUCCUGCCGGUGCAGUGCUACGGCAACAGCAGCUACUGCUGGUGUGUGGAUCCGCAGGGCCGGGAGGUGAUGGGAACGCGCUCACAUGAUCCAGUAAAACCUGCCUGUAUCUCUGCUGUCCCGCCGGUGGUCCAGUCGUCGGUGCACCCUGUAGUGACCUCUUCACCCUCAAGUCCAGCUCUUCUCUCUGCCCAUGGAUCAGAAAUCAGAGUAAUUCCUCUGGACAAUUCUCACCCAGUCCAGGAAAAAGCUUCAGUGCUGUUGUCUGUGCAGGACUCUGUUGUGGUUGGGAUCAGCUACGACUGCCAGGAGAACACUCUGUACUGGAGCGACAUGGCCAGGAGCUCCAUUAGCAGAGCCAGCUUAGAGUUUGGAGCAGAGCCAGUCACCAUCAUACAUACAGAUGUGGUCAAUCCGGAGGGUGUUGCAGUGGACGCUGUGCACAGGCAGCUGUUCUGGGUGGACAGUGGAAGUGAUCGGAUUGAGGCAGCCGACCUGGACGGACAGAACAGGAGAGUUCUGUUCGACACCGACCUGGUCAACCCGAGGGCCAUCACAGUGGACACCACCAGCAGGACUCUGUUCUGGACAGACUGGGGCCGCGAUGCUCCCAGAAUCGAGCGCUCUUCUGUGGAGGGCCUCCACCGGACGGUGCUGGUGGGUGAUGGACUCAGAUUGCCCAACUCUUUGACCAUUGACCCUGUAACAGGCCACCUGUGCUGGGCAGACGCAGGCACAAAGAAACUGGAGUGUAUCUCUGCAGAUGGAACAGACAGACAGGAGAUGAACAGCGGACUCGAUUAUCCAUUCAGCCUGACUGUUUAUAACAGCCACUUCUACUACACCGACUGGGAGAGAAAUGGAAUAGUGGUGAUAGAUAAAGCUACAGGAAAGCAGACAGAUUAUCUCCCAGCAAAGAAAUCCCACCUGUAUGGAAUAACACUCAUCCCGUCACGGUGUCCGUAGGGCUUGUGGGAAAAGUGCUGAAACUUCCCGUAUUGUUUAUCCUUCUGCACUGUACAAAACAUACUGAAGAGUUAAUAAAGUGUGAACAGAUUAUUUGAA